UUGGAGAAUAAUCGAGAAGACGACGAGCGACGAGAGCGGAGAGCGGCCAUUUGGCACGAGCACUCUCUCCUGAACAAGCAUCGCGAUAAGUCGUAUAAGUCAUACAUAUAUCAGUGACACGCAAUUUGGAUCUUUGAUUGUGAACAAGUCUCAGUGAGAGUAAAGACGAAGUGUGGACUGAAAACAAGUCUCCUGAUAUUUAUUUAAUCCUGGGAUAUCAACAAACGCCCUAGAUCUUUCAGUAGCAUGUCCACGAUGAAUCCCGAGUACGAUUACUUGUUUAAAUUGCUUCUAAUUGGGGAUUCUGGUGUUGGAAAGUCGUGUCUCUUGCUGCGUUUUGCCGAUGAUACAUAUACAGAAAGUUAUAUCAGCACCAUUGGUGUAGAUUUUAAGAUUCGAACCAUCGAUCUAGAUGGAAAAACGAUAAAAUUACAAAUCUGGGAUACAGCAGGUCAAGAACGAUUCAGGACAAUUACAAGUUCAUAUUAUCGAGGUGCACACGGUAUUAUUGUUGUUUACGACUGCACAGACCAGGAGACUUUUAACAAUGUAAAACAAUGGUUGGAGGAAAUUGAUCGUUAUGCCUGUGAUAACGUCAACAAGUUACUAGUCGGCAAUAAAUGUGAUCUACAUACUAAAAAAGUAGUCGACUAUACAACAGCCAAGGAAUAUGCGGAUCAACUUGGCAUACCAUUUUUGGAAACAUCAGCCAAGAAUGCGAUGAAUGUUGAACAAGCUUUUAUGACAAUGGCUGCUGAAAUCAAACUCAGAGUGGGUCCACCCUCGAGCGGAGCAAGCGAUCCAGCGAAUAAAGUGAAAAUAGAGCAUGGACGACCAAUCGAAUCUUCUAAAUCUGGCUGCUGCUGAGAACUGUAAUCUUAUGUCCCGUUUAACCAAAAACAUCUAACGGUUGCGGUUCGGAUACUGCAAAAUUAAACUUAUUAUUGGAAGCAUAAGAAUAUGGAGAAGUUUCAUUUUAUGCCAACAAAAAAAAAGGAAGAAAUCUAACAUAUUCAUGGACCACCAACUCUUCCUAAGAGUUGUACAGAACUCUUGUCCGUCUGCCCUGAUUGAAUUUCGUUUAUGUAGUUACAUAUCUUUCUUUUCGAAGAAGAAAGGACGUGGUCACUCGACGCCAUUUUUUUCUAGCGUCAAGUUCGACUUGAGAUAAAUUUGUCGAAUUAGCAUUGAUAACGUCGUGCGGGUGAAGCGUGCGUGUAGUAAGGAGCAACUCGAAACUUUUGAGAAGUAAAUUGAAUAAUAUCGUGUACGGUGAUUAUAAAAAUAAGUACAUUCAUUUUUUUUUUUUUUUUUUU